AUGUUUCAUGAGGUCCAAUCUCUUGGAGAGACCGUGGCCUCAUUGGACGAAGGGGACCAGACCAUUGAUCCGGAUAAUUACCUGAAGAUAGACACAUGGCUCCAAGACCUCAUCAACUCACACGAGACCCAUUCGAAUCCUUCGAUAUCGUCAAAGGAGAGCUCCGAUUCGGAGUCUGAGAUCCCGGGGCCAUGGAAUGAGUUCCAUACCAAAAUAAGAGCCAUGUUCUAUGAGGUCCAAUCUCUUGGAGACACUGUAGCCUCUUUGAACAAAUAA